UUUUUUUUUCUCUUUUAUUCCAUUCCGAUCGCCUUAUUAAUUAAUCAACAAAAAAGGGACAAAUAUGCCUGCGCCUGACCAUUCAAUGCCUUCCGAUACGAUCCAGGAUAGCACAGCUUCCUUGCCUCCGGGUAUGGUUCUGGGACCGGAUGGGAAACCAUGUCGUACUUGCACAGAUUGGAAGAGCUGGUCCAAGAUUGGAAAGAAAGCCAAAACGACGGCGGCAGACGGAAGGGAUUCUUCUUCUUCUUCUACUUCAACAUUCGAUUACGAAGCAGAAUGUCCGCCCGAUAAAGAGGUCCUAGGUCGUGCAACAUGGACUUUCCUACAUACGAUGGCAGCCUAUUAUCCAGACAAGCCCAAUGCCCAGGAGCAAUCAACUAUGAAGUCGUUGUUGAGCUCGUUUUCUCAAUUUUAUCCAUGUGGCUAUUGUGCUGAGCACCUGCGUGAGGAGAUGAAAGUCGAUCCUCCCAAGGUCGAGAGCCGAAUGGAGUUGGCCUGGUGGAUGUGUGGUAUGCACAACAAAGUCAAUGAGAUGCUUGGAAAAGAAAUAUUUGAUUGCAACAAGCUUGAUGAGCGAUGGAGAGACGGCCCUGCAGACGGCCGUUGCGAUUAA